AUGAAUUACAGUUCAACUGUGGUCUGUACUGUGGGCACAUCUCAUCCUCUGACCAUUGAAACCAGGGACAUGUUUGGAAACUUAACUCCAUAUAAAGCUGAUCAACAGAAUUACUUCAAAAUACGAGUACGAGAGACAGGUAGCAAUGCCAGACAUGUUCCUGCCACCCAAAUCUUCUAUGACCCUGCCUCCAGACGUUUAACAAUGCACAUACGAAUGGAAAAGGAAGGCAGUUUUCAGGCCACCGUCACCUAUGGUGAUGUCAAAUUGAAAAAUGGAGAAUUCAAUAUUCUUGUACUUAGCUGUGAUGACACAGCUAGAGUGAAGAAAAACCUUGCAAAAAGAAGUCAUGACAUUUGGUAUGAAGCACGUCUCAUUUCAUGCAACCAUGAACACCUAGAAAAACCCAAGAAAGUCUAUGUUUAUAUGUCCCCGAAGACACCUGUAACUUGUCCGUUACUUGUGAAUUUCUUUUCACUCCCUAUAUUAAUUACUACUCUUAACCAUGGCUGCCAGGAACAGUGUUUUCUCUUGUGGGACAACUAUUGCUCGUACUUGUCUGUCAUCAAAUUUUCUGCUGGUUUAGCCUCCUAA